AUGGUUUGUUACAAUCCGCAAUCGGGCUUCUACACGUCGUCGAUUUUAAUCAAACGGCCACUAAUUAAAGAUUUACGUUUGAACUAUGGCGAUGGAUUUUCCGAAGUCCAUGAAAAACUUUUGAAACGAUUACGCGAAGCCGAUUCAACCGGCAUCACUUUCUUGCAUGGACCACCAGGAACUGGCAAAACAUAUUACAUUCGGUAUUUGAUCAAUGAAAUUAGCGAAAAAAGUCUGAUUUAUGUGCCGCCAGAUUUGGUCACGGAAAUGACUAAACCAGGCUUUUUACCAUUUCUCAUGCAAUAUCCGAAUUCGAUAUUGAUUGUUGAAGAUGCUGAGAAUAUUAUACUCGAUCGCAAAGAUAGUAUUAAUCCAAAUCAAGCCGUUAGCAAUCUAUUAAAUUUAAGUGAUGGCCUACUGGGUGAUGCGAUGCAUCAACAAAUUAUUACGACAUUCAACUGCGAAAUCAAAGGCAUUGAUCCUGCUCUACUUCGCGAAGGACGUUUAUUGGUCGAACACAAAUUCGAGAAGUUGUCUACUGAAAAUGCUCGACGUUUGUCUGCAGAGUUGGGCAUCGAAGGAGCUGAUCAAAUUCAAAAUUCAAUGAGCUUAGCGGAGAUCUACGCAAAGAAAACAUCGUCAAAAUAG